AUGAAAAUCCCAGCGCGUUGGUCAAUCAGUUUCCAGGAAUGUUAUAAUCUCAACACCGAGCUGCCUCAGUUUGUUUCCUGUUAUCUGGAGAGGAAAGCGAGCGGUAAAGAAAACACAUGGAUUAUUAAGCCAUGGAAUCUUGCUCGUGGCUUGGAUAUGCAUAUCGCCUGCAAGUAUAUUGAGCAUCCGGUUUUGUUCCAUCGCCCAGACAAUAACAACUUGGUAAAAUUUGAUCUACGCUACAUUAUAUUUGUCACUCAAGUACGACCUCUACGCGCCUACGUUUACAGGAAGUUCUGGACGCGUUUUGCUAUCAAUCCAUUUUCACUUGAUCGACUAGAUGAUGUUGAAACGCAUCUGACUGUUUUCAACUACGUUGAUGGCGAAAAAGUUUUACAGGUGGGUGGAUGCAAUCCAAAUUCGGAUUUUUCUGUCAUAAUCACUGUCGUCAAUCAUCUAUGACU